AUGGGUUCUGGAGAUUCUUUUAUAACUUCCCCACAAGCUUCCCGGACCACCUCUGCGCAUUGGACCGCUUCGUACUCCAACCCCCUCGUUGUCGAGAUGGACUCGCAGAAAGAGAACGCGGUAUCGAGCGUGGGAGAGGGCUACCAGCGUCUAUCUGCUGACGACGAAUCAUCUUGGCCCCCACUACUAGGUCUUCCAGUCGACAUCCUGGUGAUAAUAUACGCACAGCUACCUCUUGCCUCCAAGGCCUGUCUUGCAGUUACCUGCAAGUCUUUCUAUAGACUGUUCUCUUCCGUCCUUGACAAAGAGUCUCUCGCCUGGCCUCGACUGCUAGCUCUACAAGCACGCGAUACAAGCUUGCUUGAACCCCAGCCAGACCAUCCAAGAAACGAGCUCCUGAUCCAACUUGAGGACGGUCAUUGGCUGUACUGCUCCUCGUGUCUCAAGCUUCACCCAACGACCCGCUUCCUCCCCCACUCCAAAUCCACGCGUCCAAUACUUCGAUACUGCGGCACGAAACCGUGGGGCAUUGUCGACCUAUGCGCCUGUCUCGCUCUGACCGCUGCCGAUGGCAGUCGGCUAGUCAAAUGGCUACAGACUGGAGCCUGUCCAACUCUUCACCGAAGCAUCCGCGAGUCCUUUCGAAUUCAAGAUUACCACGGCAGACGACUGCUCCUGCACACAUGCUCAGUCACCGGACACUCGGACGCAUUCAUCGGUCUCGUGAUGGAGGUGACGCUCGACCGGUUCGAUAGCUUGGUAGUGACCACCAGAUACCAUGUCCGCUGGGCGACACCGCACAGACUUCCGAUCGAAGAGACCUCCCUGGUGAUCCACCAGAACGACGAGCGGGCAUCCUACAAUGCCCCGCCCGUAAUGCUCUGUCCACAUCUUCACGCCCUCGGUUGGGUAUACAGGCACUUUAUUGAGUCGUGGGAUUGCUGCUUCAGUUGUGGCACGGUCCCAUAUCUACUUGGUUGUACCGGUGAUGGCCUCUACUGGGUCGUGCAAGGUGUACGGAAUCUAGGCGGGUUCGAUCGGUGGUUUAGAAAAUCUCGGAUACCAUACAAUGCAAUGUUGACGAGAUGGUAUCCUUCUGAAGAUUGGUAUUAA